ACUCACGCUGACUCUUGAAAAAUUGUACUUUGCCAAGUAUUUUAAUGAUACGAACUUAUUAUUCUGUCCGUUGGAUUUGAUGUCCAUGAAAGAAAAGCCUAACCAUGCAAUCACUUGUAUGAAAUGGAAAAGGCACUUGGAAAGUUGAUGGCAUCAAUAAAGGUUGAUAAAUGUAUAUUAGCUGAAUAGUACAUGUAGUACAGAGAAACAACACACAGAACUUGGAAGCAAUGAUGACCAUGGCAACCAGUAUUGACUCUGUAAUCAAUUUAAAUGAUGGAAUUGCAAUGCCACUGUUUGGUCUGGGAACAGCAUGGACAAAUGAGUGUUCACAAGCAGUUUCUUAUGCCAUUGAACAGGGAUACAGAAUGAUUGAUACUGCUCAGAGAUAUGGAAACGAGGAAGAUGUUGGUAAAGGCAUAGCUAUGAGCGGUAAAGAUAGGAAAGAUCUAUUUAUAGUAACCAAGCAAUGGCAGAAUGGACAUGAUGCCUGUAUUCAGGGUUUACAGAGAAGUUUAGUUAGAUUAGAUAUGGAUUAUAUAGACCUGUUUCUGAUUCAUGGACCAAGAGAGGGAAGGAAUGUAGAGACUUACAAAGCAAUGUUGGAACUGAAGAAACAAGGUUUGGUCAGGUCAGUUGGGGUUUCCAAUUUCAAUAUUCAUCACUUAGAAGGUCUAAGAAAUGCAGGGUUACCAACCCCAUCAGUUAAUCAGAUUGAACUGCAUCCAUGGCUACAGCCAAGGGAGAUAAUUGAUUAUUGUAAAAAACAUAACAUAACUAUAAUGGGUUAUUCCCCUUUAGUGAAAAGCAAAAUGUUGAAGAACCAACAAAUCUGUGAUCUUGCCAAAAAAUACAAUAAAACACCUGCACAGAUUUUAAUACGAUGGAGUGUUCAGCAUGGAUAUAUUACCAUUCCAAAGUCUUCCAAGCCUAACAGAAUCAAAGAAAAUAUGCAGGUUUUUGAUUGGACUAUGACUGAAGAUGAUAUGGAGUUUCUUGAUCAAAAUAAUGUUGAGGAGAUAAGGUGUGCUUGGGAUGCAAUAAACUCAGAAUGGCAUGGAUGAAAUGCGUUUAGAAAAUAUUAGACAUGAUCUGUUUUCACAAAAUUGCAUUUGUACUACAUAUAUAUGGAACAUAUAAAACCUGAGUGCAAUACAAGAAUGGCUCUAAAUGACUUUACUCAAGACCACCAAAGAUUAUACUCUUAUUUAUCAAUUGAUGUCUGUGGUAAAUUAUUUACAAACUGAGAACAUUGAAUGUGUUUUCUUGUGAUCUCAAAAUAUCUUAAAAAUAAUGCAUUUCCUUUUGGAUUUUUUUUUAAUUGCUUAGAGAAUUGAAGCUAAAGAACUAUUUUGUAUGGUCUUAUAUAUACAUUGUACUGUAAAUGCAGAAAUUUUCCGAUGUCUUUAAUAAUUUUGAAAAUUGCAACAGUAUAGGUUUCAAACUUAAAUUUUGAUGGCAUUAUUUGGAAGCAACAAUUCUUGAAAGUGCAAUUAUUAUAGUAAUUAUCACAUAUUUGUUCAUUAUUAGACAACACCUUAAAAGUUGGAUCCUGGGAAAAUACAUGCUCUUUCAGUAUUUGUUGUGAAACAAUUAUCCUAAAAACACAUUAUAGAUAUUUGAAGAACAUUUCAAAUUCAUGCUUGCAAAUACUAUAAAAUGUUAGUGAUAGACAAUGGAAUCUUUUUUCUAAAUAUUUUAGUUUUUAAAUCUUCAGAAUCUCUUGUGUUUAAAUGUAUUUUGAUUAACAUUUAUUUAUAUAUUUAUAUACUAUGUAUAUAUUUUUUUGUAAUAAUACCCAAACAAAUCCAAAACAUUUGGAAAUUAUAUGGUUGUUUAAAAUCAUGGCACUUUAUUUGAAAUUUGCCAGGUAAUAAUUAACCAGUUGUGAUGAUAAAGUUAAAAAGGUUGUUUAAUUUUAUGGAUGAUUUGGUUAAAUGAAAAGUGCUCUCUGAAUUUCAUUUCUGGUUCUGUUGUUUUUAUUGUCUGUUUAAUUGUAUACCUUUACUGUACACCAGAUUAUUAUUUUUUUUGUCUUUUAUUUUGUCCUGUCUUAUUUUCACAAAAUUACUUCACCUUUCUGUCAUUUUGUAGAUGGGGCCAUUCAUGUUGAGAUGUAGUCCGAACAUAUCUAGUCUUUUCAUUUUUUACCACAGUAUUGUAUGUAUUUUUUUUGCAGUGUUGACUGCCCCUUGGGUAUCCUCUGACUUCUUCAUAUUAGUUUUAUUUUUUUUUUUUUUUUCUUACAUUCAAAUCAAUUCCAUGGUGGUUAUUGUUUUUGGCAUUUCCUACCCCAACCUUGAAUAAAAAAAUUUUUAAUAAAUAUUGCAUCUGAUUUUCAUCCGAAUUUGAAAAAAAUUAAUAAAUUGUCUGCCCUUUGCUACUGGCAUUAGGGUCAUUGUGGUCAACCAGACAUAACAUAUAGCACAUGAUAUGCUAACAAAAUUAAUGUUUUUCAAUUAAGAAAUAAUUCUUUCAUGCCAUGCUCUAUGCCCAUUUUAACAUCGUUAUGCAUUAUAUUUGUUAAUAUCUUUAUAUUGAGCAUUAGCGAGGUGUAAAUAUAAUGCCUACCCAUGUUAAAAUGAGCAUAUAGCAUGGCAUGAUAGAAUUAUCUUGAUUCAAAUAGGAAAAUUUAGAACCUUUGUACUUCCAAGUGGACUUAUUUACACAUUCAAAAGGAAGCCAUUUUGAUUUGAUGAAGCUGAAACGAUAUGUAAAAUCAACUGUUUCAGAAUAAAAAAUGAACAGAUCGAGUAAACUUACUUUUAGAACGAUUUUAUUUGAUUUCCUAUAGAGCAACACCAACACAAUUUUGAUCUCCAGCAUUGUUAAAAAAACAACUGAUGUUGCAAUUUCAAUUGUGAUAUCAAUCACAUGCAGCCCAUGUUCUAUUCAAAUUAGAACAUGGCUUUGUUGCCAAAGCAAAAGAAGAAGGUAACAUUAGAAUUAAAAACAAAAUUAAUUUUUUUUUUUCAUUUUUAAUCAUAGAGUAGAUUUUUUUGCCCAAUACAUUUUUUUAUCUGACAGAUGUAUAGCGCAUUAAUUUCUUUUAUGUAAAUAUUAACAUCUCUACCUAUACCAGCAGCUUGAAUUCUCCAAAAUAUGAGAGGACCAAAAGAUGCUAACCCCCUAAAUACUAAAUGGAGUGAUUUCACAAUUCAGGAGUGGUGCAUGAGAUUGUGGCUAGCACGAGUUGAAAAUAUCCAUGGUCAAAGUAAAGUGUGGAUUUCUUAUAUUUUGGGUACCUGCUUUCGUGGAUUAAGGAAAAAUUGUAGUUUGUGAAUACUUGAGGUGGUACCAAACACCUUGACUAAAAUUGAUUUUGCUCGUUUAAUUUUCAUAAAAUUUUGACAAAAUAUUUACUUUGACUCUUUGACAAAAAAAUAAAAAUUUUAAAAAACUUGAACCACACACUUUAUCGGAUAAAUUUCAUUGGAUAUAUAGCAGUUUGACAAACACUUAUUUUGAUCAUUGAGAAGCUUAAUAUUUCCUUAACAAUAGAACAUGAUUAAAACGUUCAGCUGAUUUUUACAGAGUUAUCUCCCUAUAGUGUUAUGUACCUCCUUAAUUCAUGAUUUUGAAAAUUUUUGUGUAAAAAUGUUUAGGAAAUUUUUACUUAGUUGAACACUUAAUUUCUGGUUAACUUUGACCCACAAAAUCAAAAAUAGUAAAACGGCUACUUAUUGUAACUUCAAGAUAUCUAAUAAACUUUAUAAGAUAUCUCAUAUUGUUAUCUUUAUAAGAUAUCUUAUAAAUUAUAUAAUAUAUCUUAUAAACUAUAUGAGAUAUCUUAUAAAAUAUAUGAGAUAUCUUAUAAAAUAUAUAAGAUAUCUUAUAAAAUAUAUGAGAUAUCUUAUAUAAAAAAUAUUUAUAAGAUAUCUUAUAAAGUUUAUAAGAUAUCUUAUAAAAACUUGAUUAUAUUAGAUAUCUUGAAGUUAGAAUAAGUAGUAAAACGGCUUGCCAUAAAUACCCCAAGAAUAAAAAUAAAUCAUAUAAUUGAUCUCCUGUGUAGUUCGCCAGGGGAAAGAUAAUUUAAAAUAUAUUUCAUUUCAAAUGAGGUAUUUCCUCCUAUUUGUACACAGCAUGACAAACGAUGGAAGGUAAAGUUAUAAAUUCAUUAUUUUCAAGAACUAUCUUUAGAAGUUCCAAUAUAUAUCGCAGGGGAGGCAAUAGUAUCGCAUGUUUACAUUUAUCACUGGCAAACAUAAUGAAAAUAAUCUUUCAUCAUAAGGGGCAUUAAGGUUUCCAUUAGACAUAAAACUGGUUUGAGUGAAAGUUAUGAAUAUAUGAAAAGUCUUAAACACUGUUAAGCAAAUAGUAUUGUUUUUUUUUUUGGUUGUUUUAUUGUAUUUAUUUUUUAUAUUUUAUUGAUAUUAACUGUAUCUCUUUUAAAUAGUUACCCUAGGCCUCAUAUACCAUAUAGUACUACAUGUAUCAUCAAAUUUUCACAGUAGGCAUUUCACCACAAAAUUUACUAAUCAUUUCAAUGAAUUAUACAAGGCAUUGGAAUGGGAAUAAUGAACACGGUGAAAUACUGAACUGGUCCAUCUGAGGACUCAACAGUCAAACUGUGCACAAAGCUGAUGGGGAUAGUAACGUGUACAAUGUAACUUGAUAUACAAUAUAUUUUAGUGAAGAGAUCCAAGAAUUUGCUUUUUUCCUCUUGUUUGUAUUUUUUGUUUACUUAAGGAAUGACUGUAAUAUUUUUUC